GCAGAUUUUGCCACAGGGAAGCCUCCCGCCUCUUCUUGCCGGGGGCUUCUUCCGGGAGCGUAGAGCGAGCCGUCCCGCCCUACCCCAGCUGUUUCCCUCCCGUCCCUGCAGCCCUUUGCCCCGGGAGGCGGCGCAGCCGGAACCCCGGGAGGCGGAACUUGUGCGCCCGGGGCCGGCGGGGCCGCCCGGGACGGCUUCGGCAGAACGCAGGCCGGGCAAGAUGGCGGCCGCCAUGGCGGACCCACGUGGGAGCGGAGUCGCGGCCGAGGAGAGCGGUUCUGAAUGGAGUUCAGGGCUCCCAGAAGACAGCUUCUCUUCAGAAGAGGAAGCAUUAGAAGGUGACGAUGAGGAUGAAGCCCUCUGCACUGUGGAUGAAAAUUCAGCCAAAUCCAAGGCUGGUACAAGUACAGGUUGGGCAGAUGCCAUGGCUAAAGUGCUCAACAGAAAGGUCCCUGAGAGUAAACCUACUAUUUUGGUUAAAAAUAAAGAGUUGGACAAGGAGAGAGAGAAGGAAAAACAAGAAAGGCUGGAGAAAAAAAUGAAGCUUGAUAAAAAGCGGGAGUGGGAAAUGAUGUGCAGAGUCAAGCCAGAUGUUGCCAAAGACAGAGACAAAGAGAGAGAUCUUCAGAGAAUUGCCACAAGGGGUAUUGUACAGUUAUUUAACGCUGUCCGGAAGCACCAAAAUAAUGUUGAUGAGAAAGUAAAAGAGGCAGGGAAUUCCAAUAGAAAACGUGCUAAGCUGAUGUCUUCUGUUUCAAAGAAAGAUUUCAUUGAUGUACUCAGAGGUAUGGAAGGAACAAAAAGAGAACAGAAUAUUGCUAAGACAGCCAUAAAGAAGAAACAGGGUGAAGUAAAAUCUGAUGAAGGGCCAGCUUGGAAUGUUCUGCGUGACGACUUCAUGAUGGGAGCAUCCAUGAAAGAUUGGGAUAAAGACAGUGACCAGGAAAGUGAUGCUGCGCAAGACAACAGAUUAAGGCAAGAUAAUGAAAAUGACUAACGGAUGGGAUACUACAAAAGAAUGCUCAAGAUAAAAAAAAAUAUUAUCUUGUUACAUUACUUGGAUGUAAAGAACUCUACAUUCUGUGAAUGCACAAUGUUUUGGGGAUUGUAGAGAGACUUUUUUUUCAAUUAAAGCAGCAGCUUGCUUAGGUUUGGGGGUCAUUUCUUAUUAGCUUUGAACUUUUAUUUAACGUAACUUCGUUCACUGUACAGAAAUCCUGAAAUAUAUUUUUCCAAAACAUGUAUAAUUGUCAGCAUGUUUCCAAAACAUUUGUACAGUCAAAACAGUGGCACCUGCCCAAUGAAUGAUACCUUUUGCCAAGGUUAUUAAAAGUUUAUGUAUUAGUCAUGGCGGUUGACGUAUUAUUGCGCUUGCAUUUCCAAAUCAAUGUUGGACAUUUGCAAAGGUGUUAGCAAUUUGUAAUAGAAAUGACUUGCGAAGUGAUAGCAUUUUUUGUGUUUAUUGUGACGUUAUCAUUCUCUUACAGACUCUAUAUUAUGUUAACCAGGAAUUGUUUUGUAAAUAACAAAGAAAAGUAACUGUUAAUGUGAUCCUUCUGGUUUCUGAGAAUUGAUUUGAUUGGAGACACCAAUAGAAACUUAAUUUUUUUUAAGAAGAGAACGAUUCAUCCCUAUUGAUUGAUGCUACUUACAUCUUUAUAUUUUCCCUUUUUUGGUAAGGCUGAAGUUAAUUUCAGUAUUAGACAGGGAAAGCAAAAUUACUCUUUCUACUUUUUUAACAAUCAUAUAAAGUUCUAGUGAGUAAAAUUACUUGACUUGAUGUAUUGAUAUCUUCAUCUCAGAAAGUUGUCAGACCUAUGAGGUCAUUGUAGUUUUGGGGAUGAAUUUAGUUCUUGAUUAACUGGUAUUUAUAAAGUGCUAUCUGUGUAUAUUACAUCAAAACAUGUCAAAGAAGAGUCCUUUCUCUUUAUAUUAUUUGUUGUUGAAGACUGGAUUCUCCACUGGCAUAAACCAGUUUAUCUCUGUUGGCUUCUCUUCAGCUGUAUCAAUUCACACUAGCUGAUAAUCUGACUCUUAACAGGCAGUAAGUGCAGUGCAUAUGUAGAGGAAGGAGCCUCAUGGCUACUGAAUUUGAAGGAAGAGCCAGGGGACUGAAUUCUGUUGCCUCCCACCUCAGACUUGCCUUGUUUGGGUUAUGUCACUGUCUUUGUUUUCCCAUUUGUAAAACGGAGAUCACCCUUCAUGGCCAUUAAGCCUAAAUUCACUGAUAUUUUACCUUUUUAAUUUAUAGUAGUAGGUCUGUUGCUGUGGAUUUCUCAUUCACACAGCCAUCUUUGUAUCUUGGUACAUGUAGGAUUUUCUGAAGAGUGCCUUCACUAAAUUAAAAUAUAUAUUUUAAUAUUUGACUAUUCAAAACCUAGGUGAAAUAAGAAAGCUUCGUUGAUUUGACAUAAGCAAUCUACAAAUGUUAUAUUUGACCGAGGGGUUUAGAUUUAGUAAUCAGGGGAGGGGAUAUGUGUGUAUUACAGAAUAAAAACACAGUAUACAUAAAUAAGCUCCCUAAGCUGUGUCAGUUGUUCUUUUAUCCUGUAGCAUGUUCAUCUGGUAUAAAUAGCAUAACUCUUUGACGAGAGCUCAGCGCUAACAGGAAAAAUGUUUACAUUUUCAAGCUGGUUUGAGUGUUAAGCAUAUUAGAUAUCUAAAAAGACAUUAGUUUGUGGCCUGAUAUUUAUUAUCACAAAUGAAGGCAUACACCCAAAAAUAUCAAGUGGCAAAACCACAAAAGUUUGAGAUAAAUUUAUCCCAAAUUCUAAGGAUUAGAUAUCUGUAUAACGAUUAAACAGUUCUGUCAAACUAGUAGAAUUGGCAUCUCAUUAGUGCAAUAUAAAAAUAUACUCUAAGAGGUAAUGUAUUUUGAAUUGUAUAAAUACUGUUAGUCUUGCAUGGUAUUUCUCUGCUUCUAUAGAGUUUAAUUUUAGUUACUUGCAGCAAAGCCUGCAUGGUGACAUUAAAUCUAUUACUUUACUAGAGGAUAGUCAUUAGAAUUUUCUUUUCUCUUAAGGCCUGAUACUGAUGGUACAACAAAUACCUGUUCGAUAUCAACAGGAUCUGGCUCUGGUCAGUGCUGUGUUGAGAUCAAAUUCUUGAAGAUUACUUUUCCUACCAGAAAGUUGCCUUAGAAACUGCUGUAUAAUUUGAAAUAACUGUAAACUUUCUCAUGCUUCCAUAAUCUUUUGCCAGAUUGCAAAAUUUGUUUGUAUGCAUUUAGCUUUUGUGUUGAAGCUGUGACCAAAGCAUUGCGGUAGGUGUAAAUUAGCAUUAAGAAAAACAGACAGAGUUUUCAUAAACAGUGUGUCCCAAGAGCAACUGUUGGUUUUCCUUUUUUAAGAUUGCAGAUGAGUACUGUUUAAAAUGUGGUGCCAUGUCCAUUUACUGGUUUAAAUUCCUCUUAUCUGGAAUGAAAUAUAGAAAAAUCAGCUCAUCUCAAGGGUGUUUGAAUUAGUAAAUUACUGACAACCGUAUUGUCCAAGAUGCAAUAAAUUUGGUAUGUGUGAACUUCA